CCGCAGGCAGCCGGCCCGCCCGAGCGAGGAACCUGCCCGAAUCCUGCGAGCAAAUUUAAAAAUCCCCAUGAAAUAAGAAAGAAUCCUCAGUUCCCCUUCACCACAGCAUCAAAAAUCAGAAAGGCUGCACCCCAGUGGAAAAUUAUAAAAGGAGCCCCCCAAAUUUCAAAAGAAGGAAAAGCUUCAAAUUGGCGUAAUUGUAAAAAAAAAAACCCAAAAAACUGAAAUAAAACAUAAACAACCAUCUCCCGAUUAGUGCCCAAACCUGAAAUAAUCCAUCAAACCCACCCCAGACGAACACGGCCCCAAAUUUAAAAAAAUUCAAACCAUAUAUCCGGAACUGAUCCUCCCCAGCAAGACCCCCUCCCCAAAUGAAAAACUCACAAAACAUUCCCUCCCCAGGAAAUCAACUUUCAAAUAAUCCUCCCCAAACCAACGUCCCCCAAAACUCUACCGGGAACUCGGGGCUCGGGGUCCCAGGGCCGGGGGGACCCUCGGAGUGGGGCUGGGCAGGGCUUUGGGCACGGGCAGGGGGUCCCACAGCCCUGCAGCCCCUCAGGCCGGGGCUCGGCGGCUGCAGCCCCCCAGGCUGCCUCUCACCCACUUUGGGGGGUCUUUGCUGGGCAUGGGCAUGGGGGGAUGCGUUUGGUGACUUCCUGGGAACUGGUUUUUCUGCCGGGCUGGAGGAGCCGGCGGUGGCUGUCCUUGGCGGCCGUGAGGCAGCAGCGGCUCCUCAGGUGUCAAUCCCCGAAAGCCGCUCUGCUCCCGGGGCUGGGCCGGGCCGGGGGCUCCUGGGGCUGCCCGGCAUCGGGAUCCCUCGGGAACCACGAUACCUGGAGGUGUCACAGCGUCCGUCCGACACUUGGGGUUGUCCCCUGUCAGGAGAGGUUACUCACACUCGUGUGUGUUUGGGGGCGCAGGCUGAAACUGCCUGAGAUUAUUCACAAGUGUAUCAAAUGCAUCACCGCCCUCCCUGCAAGAACUCGGAACAGCGUGCUGCUACGAUUAUAAUGUUUAAUGAAAACAAAGUGAUACCAACCGGAUUUUCGGGGAAACAUAGAGUGAUGUGGCAUAGGAGGACAGGCAGGACCCCAAGAAGACGAACUGAGGGGGGACAGGUAUCCCCCACCAGCAGCUGCUGGCCCUGAUGGGGAGUGCUGGAGCAAAGGGUACCCUUGGUGGAGCAGUGCCCUGCUGGGUCCUGCCGGACAGUCCUUGGUCAGGCAUUUUGGGCACUUCUGGGGACUGGGGUGUGUCAGGAGCAGGAAAGCUGUCCUGGCAGGUAACUCCCAAACUUUUCAGCCCAGGUUAAGCCUUCGAUCCCUGAUCCCUGUCUUUUUCCAGCUAUGCCUCUGCUCGCAAAGGAGAGCGGUAAAUAAUAAACGUGGGAUGCCAAUUUCGGCUCCUGGGCUCUAUCAUGGGCUCCUGCCUGUCUCCCGUGGCUUUUUUGGAAGCUGUCAGACGGGCCGAGCAGCCCAUGUCCGUGUCCGACAGACGAGGCACCGCUGUGCUGGCCAGGGGUCGUUUCCUCCCCGAUCCGCUGGGGUUGCUUAGGAACAGACGCCGGGCAGGUCCCGAGCUGGAACGUUCUGUGUCAGAAAUGGAGAAGCUAAACUUUGCCUUUAAAUGGGAGCAGGUCUGCCGGGAGAAGUGCGUCUGCCCCCGCCCCAGCUCUGCUUUUGGGUCUCUGCAGGUGAUGGCUGAUACAGGCAAACUGAGAUCCUCUGCUCGGGCUGGGGCCCCAGGGAGGGGCAGGGGCAGUGCUUGUGCCCUGCACCCAGAAUGAGGGGUCUCCCACCCUUGCCAGCAGUUGGAAAUGGAUGUAGAAAUAGGGAUUCCCUCUUUCCUGCCUUCUUGCACUCUCCUGGUCUCCAAGCUGGUGACUUUGAGGGUAAAGCCCCUCUGUGGGGAUGGCAGAGCUGGGCAGCAGUGUCCUCCUCCUUGCCCUGCUGUGGUCCAGCUGCUCCUGCCAAGCUCGCUGUCCCCUGCGACUGCUGAGCAGGGAUGGGGCAAAACGGUACCAAAGAAGUGGCUGGUGGAAGAGGGAGUGUAGGAACACAGCAGCGAUGAGUGCCAGCGCUGUGGAUUCGGCUGUGGUUUCCAGGGAUGCAGCACUGGCAGUGAAGGGCUGAGACAAUGCAAAGGCACAGCAGCACGGUGGCAAAGAGGGGACAGAGUGCCACAGGUGCAGCAUUUCUCAGGAAAGAAGUUGAAAGCUGGGUUCCUCCAUAGUGGGAGCAUUUGGGUGGGUGGAAAUUAUUGCUAUGGGUUGGAAGCAGAAAGCGAUAGAGAGACUGAGGAGCUCGGGAUGGGAAUGAUGAGCUUUUGAGGACACACCAGGAAGUCCCCAUGUCAUGGGUGGGUGGCCAGGAUGGCCCUGAGCACAGCCUGUAUUGCCUGCAAUGGCACAAGGCUGGGUCUGGCACUGCAUUCAGGUAUCCCCUACGGCUGCAGCGGGCUGCAAUGGCUGCUGACCAUCUGGACUUGCUGAUGUAAGGCGUAAAAAUGGCCUUUCUGUCACUCCUGCAGAGAUGGCACCAGGUACCCACGCUCCAGGGAACCUGCCCAUUCCCUUAUCCUGGCCAAGCCUCUGCCAGGACCCCUGUGGGCUCAGCCCACAUGCUGCUAAUUUGGAGGAUUUAAUGAUGGAAGGUGCUGAGCUGGAAUGGAGCGAAGAGCAAAGCUGCCACUCUGUCAAAGCCUGUGAAGGGAGUGUAGACAUAGUCUCAGUCUGGCCUCAGUUUCCCUGCUGCUCCAAGUAACCUUGACCCAGAUCCUAAAGAAUCCUGGACUGUGCCCUCCUGCUUUGCAAGAUUUGGCACUUCCUGACCUUAUAUGCCUUUCCCAGAGGCAGAUGGAGGGAGACCCCUGCACUGCAGAAGCUCCCUGGGAGAAGUCCAAAGCCUCCAUCCUGCAACACCCUCCCCAGAGCAGGAGGAGAGGGCAGAAACCCUCAUGUUUCAAAAUGCAUCUUGUGCAACAGUGAAACAUGGAAUUCAUCUCCUGUCUGGCCAGCAGCUCGCUACGUUUCAGCUGGCUGGCUGAAUGGGGACCCCAUGGAGGCAUGCUGGGCUGUAUCAGGAGGUGGUGUGUGUGUGCCAGUACCCUGUGCUGGUCCAGGUGACCUCAAGCAGCUGCAGGCUCUCUGUUUUGGUAUGCCUGCUGGGUUUUUUUGUCUUUUUACUCUAACAGCUAUUACGGCACAUAGUGAUGCUGGAGAAAAAUCCUUCCUGAAUCAGCUGUGCUGGUCGUGAGAGCCGGCUGUGCCAGCUGGGUGACAUGCAGGACACAAGGCUCACCACAGCAGUUUCUGUGUGCCCAGUAUCCAGGAGUGUCUGCCCGGGCUGGGCUGUGCACUCAGACACCGUGUGGAGGUGAAAGGCUCCGUCAUCCCCAAUCCCUUUAGCCGUCUUGGCCUCUGCUUGAGUAUUUUUAACCUUUUUGCUGUGCUAAGCUGCCUGGGGCUGAAGUGUCAGCGGGCACUGAGGAAUACAGCCUCUCACUGCUUUGCCAAGCCCAGGAUUUCAGGAUCAGUGUCUCUAAUCCCUGGAUCCUGAAAUACCUUCUUCUGCCAGCAGCGCAUUUGGAAAAUGUGAGUGACCGCAGGUUUAGGCACGGGAAGGGGAUGCCUUGGCCACAGGGACUGGGUGCCACGUGCUCCACUCCCAGCACCUGUACCUGAUCCGGCUGUCCCUGGAAGUCCAGCAGCCAGCAGUGUGAGAUGAGAGGCCCCUGUGCUGGGGGAUGCUCUCUCCCACACUGAAACAGUCAGGAGAGAAAAGCUCCAUGCUCGCUGUCAAGUCUGACCCCUUGUUUUCUCCUGCCAGUCCAGUCUGUCCUCGUGCAGUGGGUCUCUGGUUAAUCAGGAGCACAGUCAUGGCUGAGUUUCUGGAUGGUGAUUGAGUGUGUGUCCAUCCCUCUGAGCUCUGCAGAGCUGGCUGUGGCAGUGCUCACCAGGUGAGCUCUGCAGGUUGGUGACCCACUGUUGUGCAGCUGGCUCCCUGGCAUUCAUUCCCUGCUGUUUCUGCUGCUGUAUCACCAGCUCUGUCUGCAGAAAUGCUGGUGAGGAGAAGGGGUUUGUGCCUGGCUGGUGAGGACCUUGCACAGGGGAUGUUGGUGACAAUUUCCUAUGGAGAGGAGUCACUUCCCACUGCUGCAGCCACUGCUGUUCCCCCACAGACUGGGGCCUCGGAGCUACAGGAGCAUCAGUGGUUUGGUUUUAUUAAGAGGAGUUUGGGUCUAAUAGAAGAGGUUUCUUUUCAAAGAGUCUGCUUGCUGUGGCCCUAUCCCUUGGGGAACACAACCAGGGCACAGCAUCCACCUGUUCCUGAACCACCUUAACGUGAGCUCCACAAAGCCAGGGCAGGUGGUGUCCCACAAAACCAUGACUUGCUGCUCUCUCCUCUUUGCUUUCUUCUAGUGCCCUGCUGCUGUCAUGUGUUACUUCUUCAUGGCCUGGGACUCCUCCCUCUACAAAUCCAAAUUCUAGGAGGGAGGAAGGGUGCAAGAGCAGGUGGAGGGAAGCCUGUGUUGCCCUGCCUGCUGGCUGGGAUAUCUUGGGCAAAAUGCUUUCACUGCUCAAACUCUUUUCUCACUUUCCUUUUACCAUGACUACUUAAUGACUCUCAGUAUAAUUAAUCGGUGUCUGGGGUGUUUUCUCUGCACAUUUUUUCUGCUGUAGCUGUUCUUUUAGCUGUUGUCAGCUAUCUGGGAUGUCACACCUGGCUGUGUGCAGCCCAGUCCGAUCGUGGCGAUACAUAUCUAUACUCAGAGCAGCACCAGGGAGGAGGCAGUGUGCUGGCAGGGAUUGGAAUAUUCUCAUUUUCCUUUGUUUUUUUUACUCCAGAAGGUUCAUCAGCCAUGGGUGCUCCUCUGAGCCCGUGGUCACAGAGCCCAGUGUCACAGCCAGUCCCUGCCCUGAUGCCACUGGGAUGUGCCUGUGAUGCUGUCACUGAGAGAUCUUUCUUCCCAGGACAGAAUCAUCAAUCUAGUUGUUGGUGGCUUAACAACCUUGCUGCUUGUAGUCACUCUAAUCAGUGCUUUUGUCUUCCCGCAACUACCUCCAAAACCUGUGAAUGUAUUUUUUGCUUUCUGCAUCUCCUUGUGUUGCAUUUCUGCUGGCAUUCUUAUCUACUGGUAUCGACAAGGAGACCUGGAACCCAAAUUUAGAAAUCUAAUUUACUACAUAUUGUUUUCUAUUGUCAUGUUAUGUAUAUGUGCCAACCUGUACUUCCAUGAAGUGGGUAAAUGAAGGACGUUGGGAAUACCCAGCAAUGAUGCUACUGUGUCAGACUGCUUCCAGCUCAGCUCUCAGCUCUACUCGACAUUUAAGUGAGAACCAUCAGCCUGAGAGGAAAGAAGUGGGUUGUGCAAGGAUAAAUCAGUACAUGAUUUUCAUGUAAAUGUAUAUGUAAUGUCCCUCUUGUUGGGGAGAAUUAUUGCCAUAAGACGUGACAUUCUGCUUUUUUUUGAAGAGCUACUGUUGCGCUUAAUGAACAUUCCAGUUGUACUGAUGUUUCAGAAUGGCACAAGCUUUUUCAUUUUGGAAAAAAAUGCACUUUUUUUAUUACUGUACAAAUAAACUGCAGCACUGAAAGGAUCUGUGGCAGUAUAAAUAAAUGGCAUCUUACAGUCAA